GUAAAAAGUAGAGAGAGGAUCACAGUUUUUGCCUUUGUGUGCUUGUAACAAAGACUGACAUUCUCAUGGAAUACAAACUUUUGAACAGAUUCUUCUUUUUGAUUCUGAUCUUGAGAUGCACCGCAAUGGUCUCUACAGUUCCAGAUGAUGAAUGUCCAGAUGCCCUUCCGGCUCAUGAAAACUGUGAAUAUGAUGAAGUUUGUGAAGAUGCUUCCUGCAAGUACAAUGAAUAUGUUACCUGUCAUCUGAAUCGUUGUGGGACCUGUGAAGCUGUUUAUAGCGGAUAUGACAACAUGACUGUCAACUGCAACCAGUUGACUCCAAAAUGUCGCCUAAUGCACCUUGAGAUGCUUCAUAAGAGCAGAAAUGGAAGAAGCCACCCAGGAAGGGAUAGACUUGAGGUUGACAACGUAUAUGACCCUGAGUGUGAAGAGAAUGGAGCAUUCAAGGCCAAGCAAUGUGAUGAAGACUCAAAUCAGUGCUGGUGCGUGGACAGUGCUGGUGUGAGAGUAACUGACAAGACAAGCGAUGACCCCAAGUGUGAGAAGCUUGUCAGUGUUCACCUGAUCCAGAUAGAUUUCAUCUUUAAAGCUGAGUUUGCACUUCUGAAGGGAAGAGAAGAGGAGCUGCACAGGAUCCUAUUCAGUAAGGUGUCCCCCUACAUCAUGAAAAUACCACAGAUUUUGCAAAUAAACAUUCACGAAAUGACAUAUGAAAUUACUAUGAAGUUAUUCUGUCCAAAUGGAACCAAGGAACCUGUUGACAUCGCCACAGUAGCAUACUAUAUUGAACGGGAUCUGAAACAGAAUAAAUUUACUUUGCCACUGGAUGGUCGUAACAUUGAAGUGGACAGAGAUUCAAUUCGGGUUCUGUUCUUUGACAAUGAACCUCCCCGUAUUAAUAUGAAGACCAUAUCUCCUGGAUUUGCUGCAAUUAUCAUAAUCAUUGCCCUGGCAAUUCUUACAGGAAUAGCAGUUUUUGUCGUUGUCCAGAGAAGGGCACAACAAGAACGUGUGCAGUUUGAAGUGAUUGAGGGACAGGAGUUGGAAGACUAUAAUCUGGCCCAGCGGGAAAGUCUGCGUUACUAUUAUUAUUAAAAAAUAAAACAGGAUAUUUUUACAUUUUC